GGUCUACCAGAUCCCAUCCCCCUCCUUUUUAAUGGCGGAGAUAACAAGCUAAAGAGACAGACUUUGCACCUCUUUCUUCUUCAUUCUCUCUUUCCUUACUUUCAUUUGCAUCUUGGUUAAGAGCCAUGGUGGAUACAGAGUUCCUCCGAACCCUAGAUCGUCAGAUUCUCUUGGGUGUCUUCGUCGCUUUCGUCGCCGUCGGUGCCGGUGCUGCUUACUAUCUCUCUUCCUCCAAAAAACGCAGAGGGUGUUUGGAUCCAGAGAACUUCAAGGAUUUUAAGCUUGUUACGAAGCAACAGCUCAGUCACAAUGUGGCUAAAUUCGUGUUUGAGCUUCCAACUCCUACCUCCCUCUUGGGUCUUCCCAUUGGUCAACACAUCAGCUGCAGGGGAAAGGAUGCUCAAGGAGAGGAUGUUAUUAAGCCUUACACUCCCACAACCUUAGAUUCUGACCUUGGACGUUUUGAACUUGUUAUCAAGAUGUAUCCGCAAGGAAGGAUGUCUCAUCAUUUCAGGGAGAUGCGUGUUGGAGACCAUCUUGCUGUCAAGGGACCAAAGGGUAGGUUCAAGUAUCAGCCAGGUCAGUUUAGGGCAUUUGGAAUGCUUGCUGGAGGUUCAGGCAUCACUCCCAUGUUCCAAGUGGCAAGAGCAAUUCUAGAAAACCCAACAGACAAGACAAAGGUGCACCUCGUUUACGCCAAUGUCACAUACGAAGACAUUCUCUUAAAGGAAGAAUUGGAGAGUCUUACAUCCAAUUACCCAGACCAGUUCAAAAUCUACUAUGUUCUGAACCAGCCUCCAGAAACAUGGGAUGGUGGUGUUGGAUUUGUAUCUAAGGAAAUGAUUCAGGCCCACUGCCCUGCACCAGCAUCUGAUAUUCAGAUCCUGAGAUGUGGACCACCGCCGAUGAACAAGGCCAUGGCUGCAAACCUUGAAGCUCUUGGUUACUCUCCAGAGAUGCAGUUCCAGUUCUGAUCCAAAUUGCUUCUUACACAAAAUGGAAAAAAAAACUCGUUUCUCUGAUCAAUAAUGAUAGUUUCGCUGUCUUAAUUGAGUGAGAGUUGUUGUUUCUAUUAGAAGCUUCAUAAACCAUUGUGUUUGUUUGACGGUUUGUUAUCUCGUUGGAUUCUUAUUUAUUGGUUAAAGAUUUGGUUAGGCA